UCAUACCAUCCCAUUAGAAUUCAGGAAGAACCCUAGAAGAAACUUUGAGUGCUCAAUUUUCAUCACUUGCCAGUUGAAACCCUUGAAGAUUCAAUUUUUCUGCAAAGGAAACGAAGUUAUGGCAUCGCCAACAACGGAUGCUGCAAUGCGCGAUAUGCUCACUGUGAUAUAUAAGCUCGGAGCUAAAGAUAGUCCAUUGGUUAGUGACGUGGAGAAGCUGUUGGGCUCGUCAAAUGAUGGGGAAGUGCAUCCCAAGAAAAAUGAGAUACUGAAAUGGUUAGGAUUUGCUCCUUUCUCCAAGAAUCCAACUGCUGAUGUGCAGCUCAAGGCGCUUGAGGAGUUGAAUGAAGAGUUGCUUACGAAGUCUGUAAUACUUGGCGAUGGACUCAAACUAUCUGUUGCUGAUGUGUAUCUCUAUGCCACGGCGCAUUCAUCUGUGAAUCGCCUUUCAAGUUCAGAUAAAUCAAGAUUGCCACAUUUGUUGAGGUGGGUUGAUUACAUCCAGAAUCAGGACGAUAUUGCUCCAAUAUUGGAUAAGAUUGUUGUAGAGAAUGCUGAAUUUGUGCCCCCUGUUUCAAAACCUGUUUCAAAACCUGUAAAAACGGUCGAAGAUUCCACUCCAAAGAAAACCGUCCAAGAGACGAAAGAGGCUGGAAAGUCAGAGACUGUCCCUAAAGUAAAGAAGACUGCUGAUACUAAAAAAGUUGAAGAGAGUCAGGCUAGCCAAGUAAAGAAGAAACUUCCCGAAAAAGAGGUGGAGAAAAAAGAUGAAGAACUUAGCGUUAGUUUGCUGAAAAUCCAGAUUGGCCACAUUCGUAAAGCAUGGAAACAUCCAUCAGCUGACAGUUUGUUGGUUGAGGAGAUAGAUGUUGGAGAAGCAAAAUGUCGUCAAGUUGUUAGUGGCCUAGCAAAGUUCUGCACCCCUGAAGAAUUAACGAACCGCCGGGUGGUGCUUAUAACAAAUGUAAAACCAGGGAAGUUACGAGAUGUGAUGUCUGAGGGACUGGUCUUGUGUGCUUCAAAUAAAGAUCACACAGUCGUAGAGCCUCUUAUUGCUCCAGAUGGUGCUAAAGUUGGAGAAUGUGUUACAUUUUCUGGACUUGACGGCAAGCCAGAGGAGGUGUUGAACCCCAAAAAGAAGCAGUUGGACAAGAUAACUCCGAAUCUUUUCACCGAUGAAAAGGGUGUUGCUACGUUCAAAGGUAUCCCAUUCAUGACUUCUUCUGGACCGUGUUCGUCCUCCAUUCCCAGCGGAAGCAUCAAAUAGUGAUCCUACUCUCCAGAAUCAUUAGACACAGCAUUGCUAGUGUGGUAGGACAGAGUUGUUGAAAUGCUUUGUAUAAACCAAGUCCUAUUCUGCAGGCCUUGUUUGAUGCUGUGUUGUUCAAAUCUUUGUCUAAAUGUUAUAUACUAUUGACUAUUUUGUUUUCUA